AUGAAUGCGGAUAAUGCGGACGCGGUGGAGCACGUGAGUUGCAGCAGGCAGCGUGCAGAGCUCGAGAGCUGGAUCGGCGCCCCUCUGCCUUUCGAUGACGAGGUCUUGGCCUACCUGCUGAAGGUGUCUCAAAUGGUUGAUUCCGAAGAGCUCGCGCUGCUCGUCGCAGACUUCUGCCCCAGCUGGCCGGAAGGUUGGCGGCUUGCGCUUGCCACCUCGCUGUCGGGUCCCUUCAAGGCCACGCCAGGCCUUUGUGGCACCUGGGGCCAAGGACGUGUGAGCCUUUCCCCAAGCCGCGGACAGCGCAGCAAAGCCACCAGCAGUUCGCCCCUCUCGCUGUGGCUGCGCUACCUGGAGCAGAGGCGGGGUCCAGCUGUCCAAGCUGCGGUGGGGCCUCCGACGCUGCGGGUGCGAAAGGAAUCAGCAUCGGCCAAGGACUUCGCCGUCCCACCGAGAGCACACCUGCGCGAGACAUCGAAUCCCGUGCAUGCCCCGUGCUCUUCGCCACCAACAAGGGAGAAGGAAGAGCCCGAACAAUCCAUCAAGGCUGUUGUCGAACAACAGCUUGACUUGCAGCACCAACUUCAGCAGCGGAGCUCCCCAAAGCAGUCACCAAAGCAGUCGCCAAAGCAGUCGCCAAAACAGUCACCAAAGCAGUCGCCAAAGCAGUCCAAGCUGCUGCGCGCGCCCUCGCCUGAUGUUGUUGAGGCUGAGAGAAGGCAGAAGUGUACCACUGCUACGCGGUCCAGGGAGCAGACGAUCCAGGAGAUCAUUCAGCAGCAGCUUCUUCUGCAGGAGCAGCUGCGGCCACAGCUCGAGAGCUCUCCGACCCCGACAGGUGCUGAGAGUACCAGCGGCCCACAGUUGGACCUCCGCCAGCCGGCAGGUGGGAUGGAACCACCGACCCCUUCUGGCUCCAGCGGACGGGAGGAAUCGUUGACCACUGGGGUGCUGAGUCUGCCCCCCAAGCCGACAGUGGAGGACUUUGAGGAGCAAGACGGCCGGGAGACAGGCGCCGCCUUCGAAGCCAUGCUGUCGAGUGCCCUGCCCCGCAGUCCGAAGCAACCCUCCGAAGCGAGCUUUCGGAGUCAGCGCUCCCUUCGGCGCCGCGAUGUGGACAUUAGCGUGAACAUCGAUGAUCGCGAGACCACCUGGAUUCGCGACAUCUCGCGCGAGGCUACUGUGGCACGGCUCAAACAGCGGCUGCAGGAGCAGUGUGGCAUGCAAGCGCGGUACUUUGUACUGACCUUCCUGGGUCUUUCGCUCAAGGACCAUUGGCGCCUGGCGGAUUGUGGGAUCAAGGACUGGGACACGGUCAAGGUUCAGGCAGCCACGCAGCAAGACAGCAACUUCGGUAGAACAAGGCAAGUCAGCGUGAGGCCAGACCAGGGGCGGAUGGUGCCUGGGAGCUCGGCGGGCAGCUGCACCACAGGCCGCCAUGGGGCAGGCCCCUUGCCGCUGAAACCAGGCCCUGACGAGGUCGGUGCGUCGCCCAAGUCGGCGUUGCCACUCGUCGCGAGUCUGGAAGCGAGCCCCUGGCCUCCCGGCAAUGAUCGGUCCGAUGGGACAGGAGCCUGCCAAGGUGCGCAGCUCGACUCCUCAGCUGCCUUCUCCGUGGAGACCCCGGACGUCAGAUCGCGAAGCGUGGAGCUGCCACAAAAGGAGCCCCGGUCGGGCGGAUUUGAAAGCAAAUGCCAACUUAGCCAGCUUAGCCAACUCAGUCCGAGCCCCAACCUCAGCGAGAGAUGUGAGAACGACACGUUGACGCUGCUGGCCGAACUGCAUCGAGAAGCAUACCGGCAGAAGGAUCACAACACCAGUGAACCUGAGACAGGGCUUCAAGGGAUUCAGUCCCAAGGCUUCGGAUUGCUCGCAGCAGCACGAAGGGAGAGCUCCUGCCCGAGCGUGGCCAGCGCGGUCAUUGGCGCCGCUGGCCAGGAAGGCGGAGUGCAAGUUCGCACCUUAAGCCCAAGCCCCCACAUCGCAGAUGACCUCAGUGAGGACCUCAAGGACUUCAAGGAAGUCGUUGUCUCAAUGAGCGAGAAAUGUGAGAAGCAACUGCAGCACCACGAACAGCUUCUGGCUUCAAUGCAUCUGCAGGAGCAGCAUUUGCAGCUUGUUCAGGAACAGCAGCGGAGCCUUCUGAUAGAGCUCCAGACAGUGCAGCAGCAAGUGAGCACCAGUCAGAAUGCAGAGCUGCAAGAAGUACGGGAGGAUCUGCGCCUGCUCCUGACCGGCCAGCAAGAGGUGCACCACGGCCUUGGCCGCCUGAACCAACGCCUCCCCGAGAAAGGGGCGCAGCAGCGCGCGCAGCCCGAUCAAUCCGGGCUCGGCGGGGCCGGAGAAGGGGAGCUCGGACCCAAGCCAAAAGAGUCGUUGCAUUCCUUGCCCACACUCACUCACUCGAGCCUCAGCCGGGCGAGCCAGGCGGGCCAGGCGAGCCGCUCGGCGAGCCGCUCGGCGAGCCGCUCGGCGAGCCUUGCGAGCCCUCCAAUCGACUCGAUGCUUGGAGACUCGGAGAGCGCUCACCAUGCUCGCCGUGGCUGGUUGAUACAGCAAGUCUUCGGGAUGCUGGACCAAGACCGGGAUCAGUGCCUGAAGCACACAGAGUUGAAAGCAUUGGCGGACCUCAUGGGGUUUGAAGGCACAGACGUCGAUUGGAUUCAGGAGUACCGGGCUCUGUGCGCUGACAGCCGUGUAGAUGAAAGCCAAGGCUUUGACUUGGAAGGCUUUACAGCUCUGCUGGAGAACCCGCAAGGCUGCCCGUCAACCACCGACUCCCUUUUCACGGCCGCCGUGGCCUUGCUUGACCUUGGAAACACGGAGGACCGGGAGCGUGCUUCACUGGUGGUUAUGCUUUUUGAGGCCCUGGACCGUGAUCGCGACGGCUUCGUGGGUGCAAGGGAGUUACGUCUGCUGGCGGAAGCGACGGGCUUCCAUGGCUCGCAUCACGAGUGGGAAGCGGAGUACCGCCUUCUAUGCGAAGAGCUUCCCAAACACAACAAACACAACACGGAGGAGUCGGAGCUUCUCAACAAAGGCCUUGACCUGCCAACGUUCAGCAGGCUCCUGGCAGACAACUCUGGCAGUGGUCUAUUUUGCUCCGUUCCCCAACUCCAGGGCUUCGUUGCCGAAUUCACGAAACAGAAGCAGAAUCGAGAGACGGAUGAGACGGAGCUUGCCGCCUGUGACGCCUUAAAUCGCCUUGGCACUGGAGGACCUGGCAUGCUUUUGAAGCGCACAGGCGACAACCUCCCACUGAAACGGCACAGUGUUUGUGCAAGACCAUCUGAGCAACCGAUGCCGCAUGAUACUGCCGGGAGUUCUUUGGUGCAGAAGGCCAUGGGGGCUCGGCGAGCAACUGUGCACACAGAACGUGGCCUUCACCUUCGUCCAGUCGGAGACAUUGCCGACGCCGAUAGCCGUGAGCAAGCUCUCACAGCAGCCGGUGACACAGAGCCCCACGACAGAAAAUCUCAGAGUCUUGGUUCAGGCAGCCACAAGUCCAGGAGCAGACUGAUACGAACCGUCUUUCAUCUCAUGGACGCAAACUCCGAUGGGGUGCUGGAUUCUGAGGAGAUGUCCGCGUUUGCGGUCUUGAGCGGUUUCAAGGGAGACAAGGCGGCCUGGGAGCUGGAAUACCGCGUCCUUUGUCAACAGCGGGGUCUGGCGCCUGAGGCGGGCAUCAGCGCCCAGACAUUUGAAGCUCUGUUGGAGGAUCACACUGAUGCGGGCCUCUAUUGCUCUGAUGCGGAGCUGCACGACAUCAUCCACGCCAAGCGACGGCCGGCAAAUGUCGAGGCCGCCGGCAGUCGAAGGCCCAGCGCUGGCAGCGAGCAGGUCCCACCGCUGGAACGGUCUCGCCUGAUCAACGCUUUGUUCUGGUACCUUGAUGCUGACAAGGACGGCGUGCUACAAGAACGUGAGCUGGAGGGCUUGAUAAGCCAGCUGGGCAAAGACCCGGCUGACUGGCCCAAGGCAUUCCAGCGCAUCUGUGCCAAGUACGAUGUCGAUGCCAUUGACCUGCAGCACUUUCAGCUUCUGUUGGAUGAUCGUCAAGAGGUCACCUACUGCGAUCCCGACCGCCUGCGCAGCAUUCUUGCCAGGUUCAGCCGUGGCCCGGGGUGA